GCGCGUCCUCUUCCGUCCGGGCGCGCGGCGCACAGCCAGCGCACCGAGAGCUCUCCGGGCGCACACAAAGCCGCCGCCCGCGCCGCACCGCCCGGCGGCCGCCGAUCGUGCCAGGGAAGGAUCGGGCCGCCGGGCCGGGGAUACCCGGCGCCGCCCCCUCGGCGCUCUCGGAAGGCCCACCGGCUCCCGGGCCCACCGAGGAGCCAGCGGAGUCGCCUCGGUCGCGCCGGUGGAGGGCGGGGAGAAGACCAUGUGAAUGGGCUCCGGAGCCUGAGCGCCGCGCAGUUUUUUGAAGAAGCAGGAUGCUGAUCUAGACGUGGAAAAAGUGCCCUGGGUUCCCAUGAAAGGCUGGACUUAAGCAUGUCUCACUCGCCACCCGUGGGAUCCUAUUCUGCCCUGGUCUCCACAGCCCAGUCACAUUGCCUUGGAGGACCGGUCCAGCAGCUGUAGAAGAAGACAUGCGGUGUAUAUAAAGUUUGUAAUAGUUGGGGGAAAUUUUGGAAUUUAGAUAAUGGGCUGUGUGCAAUGUAAGGAUAAAGAAGCAACAAAACUGACGGAGGAGAGGGACGGCAGCCUGACCCAGAGCUCCGGGUACCGCUAUGGCACAGACCCCACCCCGCAGCACUACCCCAGCUUCGGCGUGACCUCCAUCCCAAACUACAACAACUUCCACGCAGCCGCAGGCCAAGGACUCACCGUCUUCGGGGGUGUGAACUCUUCGUCUCAUACCGGGACCUUGCGUACCAGGGGAGGAACAGGAGUGACCCUGUUUGUAGCCCUUUAUGAUUAUGAAGCACGGACGGAAGAUGACCUGAGUUUUCACAAAGGAGAGAAAUUCCAAAUACUGAACAGCUCGGAAGGAGACUGGUGGGAAGCCCGCUCCUUGACAACCGGAGAGACUGGUUACAUUCCCAGCAAUUACGUGGCUCCCGUUGACUCUAUCCAGGCAGAAGAGUGGUACUUUGGAAAACUUGGCCGAAAAGAUGCUGAGCGACAGCUUUUGUCCUUUGGAAACCCAAGAGGUACCUUUCUUAUCCGUGAAAGUGAAACCACCAAAGGUGCCUAUUCACUGUCAAUCCGAGACUGGGACGACAUGAAAGGAGACCACGUCAAACAUUAUAAAAUUCGCAAACUUGACAAUGGUGGAUACUAUAUUACCACCCGGGCCCAGUUUGAAACACUUCAGCAGCUUGUACAACAUUACUCAGAGAGAGCCGCGGGUCUCUGCUGCCGCCUAGUAGUUCCCUGUCACAAAGGGAUGCCAAGGCUUACCGAUCUGUCUGUCAAAACCAAAGAUGUCUGGGAAAUCCCUCGAGAAUCCCUACAGUUGAUCAAGAGACUGGGAAAUGGGCAGUUUGGGGAAGUAUGGAUGGGUACCUGGAACGGAAACACAAAAGUAGCCAUAAAGACACUUAAACCAGGCACAAUGUCCCCAGAGUCAUUCCUUGAGGAGGCACAGAUCAUGAAGAAGUUGAAACACGACAAGCUGGUCCAGCUCUACGCCGUGGUGUCUGAGGAGCCUAUCUACAUUGUCACCGAGUACAUGAACAAAGGAAGUCUACUUGAUUUCUUAAAAGAUGGGGAAGGAAGAGCUCUGAAAUUACCAAACCUUGUGGAUAUGGCAGCACAGGUUGCUGCAGGAAUGGCUUACAUCGAGCGCAUGAAUUACAUCCACAGGGAUCUGCGAUCAGCAAACAUUCUAGUGGGGAAUGGACUCAUAUGCAAGAUUGCUGACUUUGGAUUGGCCAGAUUGAUCGAAGACAAUGAGUACACAGCAAGACAAGGUGCAAAGUUCCCCAUUAAGUGGACAGCCCCCGAAGCAGCCCUGUAUGGGAGGUUCACAAUCAAGUCUGACGUGUGGUCUUUUGGAAUCUUACUCACAGAGCUGGUCACCAAAGGAAGAGUGCCGUACCCAGGCAUGAACAACCGGGAGGUGCUGGAGCAGGUGGAGCGCGGCUACCGGAUGCCCUGCCCGCAGGACUGCCCCAUCUCUCUCCACGAGCUCAUGAUCCACUGCUGGAAAAAGGACCCGGAAGAGCGGCCCACCUUCGAGUACUUGCAGGGCUUCCUGGAAGACUACUUCACCGCCACAGAGCCCCAGUACCAGCCCGGUGAAAACCUGUGAGGCCGGGGUCCGCAGAGAGAGGCCUUCUCGGCGAGGCUUCCCCGCCCCCUCCCCAUUAGCUUUCAGUUCCGUAGCCAGCUGCGCGAGCAGUGCGAGCCGUCCCGGAUCAGAUUGCAUGUGACUCUGAAGCUGACGAACUUCCAUGGCCCUCAUUAAUGACACUUGUCCCCAAAUCCGAACCUCCUCUGUGAAGCAUACGAGACAGAACCUUGUUAUUUCUCAGACUUUUGGAAAAUGCAUUGUAUCGAUGUGAUGUAAAAGGCCAAACCUCUGUUCAAUGUAAAUAGUUACUCCAGUGCCAACGACCCUAGUGCUUUCCUUUUUUUAAAAUGCAAAUCCUAUGUGAUUUUAACUGUCUUCACCUGAUUCAACUAAAAAAAAAAAAGUAUUAUUUUCCAAAAGUGGC